CGUUAUUGGUAUAACACAGCUUAUUGUGGAGUAAUUGGUUUUCCUCGUGAGACGUCAAAGCAACAGCUCAACAAUGCGAAUGUUCGUUCUUCCUUGUCUCGCCGUGUGCGUGGCAAUGGCCCACUGUGCGGCCAUCGAUGAGAAGGCUGAAAGCAGCCAAGCUGAGGAUGCUGGCAAGACUGUGGAGAAGCGUGGCCUCCAUCUGGGUGACUAUCAUCAUCAUCAUGAACAUAUCAAGACAGUGACCAUUGAGAAGAAGGUGCCGGUUCCCUACACUGUGACCAAGCAUGUGCCUUAUACGGUUGAGAAGAAGAUCCCAUACGAGGUGAAAGUCGAUGUUCCACAGCCAUAUAUUGUAGAGAAGAAAUAUCCGGUGCAUGUGAAGGAAUACGUCAAGGUUCCCGUUCAUGUGCCUAAGCCCUACAUUGUGGAGAAGAAAGUACCAUAUGAGGUGAAAGUGCCCGUCGACAAGCCGUACGAAGUGAAAGUCCAUGUACCAGAACCAUAUGAAGUGAUCAAGAAAAUUCCCUAUGAGGUUAAGGUGCCAGUGCCACAGCCCUACGAGGUGAUCAAGAAGGUGCCACAUGAAGUGAAAGUGGAAGUGCCAGUGCCCAAGCCCUAUGAAGUGAUCAAGAAGGUGCCGUACGAAGUUAAAGUAGAGGUCGAGAAACCAUAUAACGUUGAGGUUGAGAAGCCCUACGAUGUUGAGGUCGAGAAACCGUACACAGUCGUUGUCGAAAAGAAGGUGCCCUACGAGGUGAAGGUGCCCGUCGAUAAGCCCUACAAGGUUGAGGUGGAGAAACCAUAUCCCGUGCACGUUAAGGUGCCCGUACCACAGCCCUACACUGUUGAGAAGAAGGUACCCUACACCGUCGAGAAGCCCGUGCCUUAUGAGGUUAAGGUGCCCAUUGAGAAGCCCAUACCCGUCUACACGGAGGUGAAGGUGCCCAUUCACAAGGAGAUUCCCGUACCAGAGAAAUACCACGUCGAGGUGCCGAUCUUCAAGCACCACGAGGAUCAUCACAGCUACCAUGGCCACCAGGGUCACCAUGGUCACUAUUAAAGAUGAAAAUGAGCAAGAGAACUUGGCAUGACUGCCACCACAGAACGCGAGCACAAGGAGUAUACGAACAUCAACAAGAACAACGAGGUAAAGAAUAUGUUAGAGAAGACACAAGGACACUGGCAGAGAGUCUUUGUCGCAACGUUGAGCUGGACGUUGAACGGGUGAUAAACACAAGGAGGAGAGGAAACAGAGCAGAAGGAGGAGCAGCACAAGUAGCAGCACAGAGGACAAAACUGAUUAGCUGGCUACUUGGCAAAAACAACAACAACAACAAAACGAGAUCUGGCGAA